AUGUCGAACAAUAAUGACGAUAGAAGUGUUACCUCGGAACUCUGUUUUAAAUGGAACAUAAAUUACGGUACGAAGAGCAUAGAAUCCGAUCUGUAUUCAUCUGCUAUUAAAAAUUUAACAUGGCGAAUGAGGUUGUAUCCAAGAGUGUGUAAUGAUGGUAAAGAAGAUCAAGUUCAAAUAGAUUUGUGUUUAGAGUCGUGUGAAAAUUCAUUUAAAGGCCUUAUAAAAUACAUCAUAUUAGAUCGUAAUGGCAAAGAGUCACAUGUUAAAGAUUCUAAUAAAGAACAGUUCCAACAACAUGGUGUAUAUUCAACAUAUUUAAUUCCAAGUGAUAAACUGACGGAUCCAGCUAAUAAGUUAUUGCUCAACAAUAGAUUGACAAUAUCGUGUAGACUUAUCAUUAUGAGUGAUGUGGAUGUUACUAAUGACUUAUUAAGUACAAACAAUAAUUGUAAUUUGAUUGAGGAAUUGGGAAAUAUGCUUGAAAAUAAAAUAUUCAGCGAUGUAACACUAAAAUCCAAGGAUAACCAUGAAUUUAGAGCCCAUAAAUGUAUAUUGGCUGCUCGUAGUGAUGUCUUUGCUAUAUUAUUUGAAACAUGUAAAAACAAUAAAUCUUAUAAACUAGAUGCAGAUAAAGCGGUUUGUGAGGAAAUGUUACAGUUUAUUUACACUGGCAAUGUUUCACAUUUAGAUGAGUUGUUGAAGCCGCUCCUAGAGGUAGCUAAUAAAUAUAAUUUGAAGAAACUAAAAUCCUUGUGUGAAAACAAACUUCAAUAUCUCAAUGAAUAA